GAGAGAGGCUGGCACCAUCUCUCCAUCUCUCUCCUCCUCAUCGCUCCUCUCUCUCUCUCCCGUGACGUCAGGCGGAUUUAAAGCUCUCCUCGAGCGUCUCGUGUCGGUUCCCUCUCGUCCUCCUCCUCCUCCUCCUCCUCCUUCUUCUCACAUGCACUUUCCUCACCGAGCUGAACACCGGCCAAUGCUUCACACCAUCUCUGCCCUGGGUGUCUGUCCCAUGUGGGAAGCACAACAAAAUCAAGGGCUUCACCUGAGAGGGUCCAGAGGAGCGAGCGACAAGGGGACAGUCCUCCCGCGUCCUUUCCAUUUGCAGUUUUUACACUUGGCCGUCGGACGAGGGGCUCUGACUUCACCCAAAAUCUCAGCUCACACCGUUUUGUCACGGAGGAGGUAAAGACGACAGCUUGGAGCUAUGAACGAGUCGCUGGUGGUGAACGACUCCUCUGCGACUCCUGUGGCUGCAGAAGCCCUCCCAUGGAUGGAGGCUGAUUCUCCAGACAACAGCAGUCUGGAGUUCUCCACCGCUCCGUUAGAUUUCCCCAUCAACCCGUGGGACAUCAUGCUCUGCAUGUCCGGCACUGUCAUCGCCUGUGAAAACGCCAUAGUGGUAGCAAUCAUCUUCUACACGCCGACCCUUAGGACUCCCAUGUUUGUGCUGAUCGGGAGUCUGGCGACGGCAGACCUGCUGGCCGGCAUGGGAUUAAUCCUGAACUUUGUGUUUCAGUACGUGAUCUCCUCUGAGACUAUCAGCCUUAUCACUGUAGGCUUCCUGGUGGCCUCUUUCACCGCAUCCAUCAGCAGCCUUUUGGCCAUAACUGUGGACCGUUACUUCUCCCUCUACAACGCUCUGACAUACUUCUCAGAGAAGACGCUGCAGUACGUCCACCUGAUGCUGCUGGGGACCUGGGGGGUGUCUCUGUUUUUGGGCUUGCUGCCGGUGCUCGGCUGGAACUGCCUGGACGAUCCGGCCUCCUGCAGCAUCGUGCGCCCUUUAACCCGGAGCAACGUCACGCUCCUGGCCACCUCCUUCUUCGUCAUCUUCAUACUCAUGCUGACCCUCUACUUCAAGAUCUGCAAGAUCGUGUGCCACCACGCCCACCAGAUCGCCCUCCAGCAGCACUUUUUCGCCACGUCGCAUUACGUUGCCACUAAGAAGGGGGUCUCCACUUUGGCCAUCAUCUUGGGGACAUUUGGCGCCAGCUGGCUGCCCUUCGCCAUCUACUGCCUGGUAGGCGAGAGGGAGUAUCCAUCGGUGUACACCUACGCUACACUGCUGCCAGCUACCUACAACUCCAUGAUCAACCCCAUCAUCUACGCCUACAGGAACGCAGAGAUCCAGCGCUCCCUCUAUGUGCUUCUCUGUGGCUGCUUUCAGGCCAACAAGGCCUACCGGUCCAGGUCGCCAAGUGAAGUCUAAAAAGGUGCUAGGGCUCUUUGUGUGUGUGAGUGUGUGUGAGUGUAUGUGUGUGUGUGUGUGUGUGUGUGUGUGUGUGUGUGAGAAAAGACCGAGCAAAAACACAAACCAUCCUG